CGUUGCUGUGACCGGGCAGUUAAAACAAAGCACGCGCACCUCUCUCUCUCUCUCUCUCUCUCUCUCUCUGUUUCUGAAGAAAAAAAAUAUAAAAAAAGGAAAAAUCUGGAAAUCGGGCGAAUCGAUCGGAGCCGAUGCGGAUUCUAUAGGAGAUCAAACAUGUGCUAAAUGCACAACAAAUUGCCAUGUUUGGAUUAUUUAUUUGGGACCUGUAACUAUAGAUCUACUAAGGAUGGGAGGUAUCUGCUACUGUACUGUCAGAAAAUCUCAAGAGAGGAGGAUACAUUGAUUCUUGAAGUAUUCUUAUUUUCUUCUUUGUUACGUAAGUGGCCUUAAACUAAUUUCAGCACUUGCUGUGAAUAGUCAAAAAUGGAUGAUGGUCGACAACAUGAAAAUGGGAGACACAAGCAGGACUAUUACAGAGGGGCACCCUCGCCGUGGAACAUGACGGCUCAACAGCAAGUAAAGGAACCGAAUGCCUUAGUCAUGAACAAGAAGAUCAUGUCGAUUAUUGCUGAGAGGGAUUCUGCAAUUCGAGAACGAAAUGCAGCAAUCUCUGAAAAGAAUGAAGCCUUUGCUGCAAGAGAUGAGGCUCUCCGACAGCGCGAUGAGGCAUUUGCUCAGCGUGAUACUGCCCUAAUGGAACGAGACAAUGCCUUUGCAGCCUUUCAUAUCCGGGAUAAUUCCAUGAACUUCCCAUUGGGUGGAGUUCAACGUGGAUCUAAGCGCAUGCACUACCCUUCAAAUCAUCCAGUUAACAUGGCUGAUGAUCCUUACAGCACAAAAGAUGUGCCUAUAACUGAAGCCUUCCCAAUUUCAGUAUUAUCCGCCGAAGCUAUCAAGUCACGGCAGACAAAGCGAUCAAAGGAGAAUAAGGCAUCCAAGGCAUCCAAGGCGUCAAGAAAGAAAGUAGGUGAAGAUUUGAAUAGGCAGGCUUCCACUGAUGGGAUAAAGUACAGAUCUGAGUGGGAUACUCAGGAUUUAGGCUUGAAUCUUGUCUCAUUUGACGAGACUACAAUGCCUGUGCCAGUUUGCUCAUGUACUGGAAUGCCACGGCAGUGCUACAAAUGGGGGAAUGGUGGGUGGCAGUCAUCUUGCUGCACCACCAAUAUGUCAAUGUAUCCACUACCCCAAAUGCCAAAUAAGCGCCAUGCCCGGAUGGGUGGGCGGAAAAUGAGUGGAAGUGUUUUUACUAGAUUGCUCAGUCGGCUAGCAGCAGAAGGCCAUGAUCUAUCAGUACCACUGGAUCUGAAGGAAUACUGGGCCAGACAUGGGACAAAUCGCUACAUAACAAUCAAGUAGGUCAUUGGACAAUGUUUUGGAAUUGGGAAGAGUAUGUUUCUUUUCUACGUGCCUCCAUCUCUCUCGACUCUCCCUCUCCCUCUCCCUCUCCCUCUCCCUCUCCCUCUCCCGUUAUCUUCAUAAGCAUGUGGUUGUACUGAUAUUACUGAAUGAUAGCAAAGGGAAAUCUGUUUUGAUAAAAGAGCAUGUCCAUGGUUAGCUGUGACCAAUCCUAGUAUUUCAAUGCUCCUUAGGAAGGGGAUUCUGUUAGUGCCGCAGCAUACAUGGACUGUACCUCUUUACGGCAUGUCUGCCCCCAGUCAAGCAUAUUCCUAUUUUCAUGUCAUAAAACAGGAGAAAACUUGAGGGACUAAAGCUUCCAAUAAUAAAAGCAGCCCGGUUUUUGAGGUGA